UAUAUAUGAUGUAUUUUGUUUGAGAAAAGAUUGCUGUUGUAUUUUGACUUAUUUUUAUUAAGGAGAACUCUACACUCACUAGUUUUUAUAACGCCGGCAUGCUUGUUUAUUUGAUAUAAAAAUAAUCUUGUUAAUAUUGAUUGAUUAUUCAUUUUACCUGAAAAUUUGUAUCACGGUAUUUUCAAUAGUAAGGUAAUUUUAAUAAAUACCUUGAGCUCUUAUCAUAGUCAUGGAUGACACCAAAAACGACGUGAAUAAUGAUAUGAAAAUUGAUUUAAUACUUUCUGGAUCAGAAAUUUUUAUUUGGAGUGCUGAUGAUUGGCUUAAGUUAAGGCAGAAAUAUAAAAUAUUAGGUGAUUGUAUUGGUUGUAUUGCAAAAAAACCAAGACAAGAUAUUCUUCUUGGGCUUCCAAUGCUCUUGCAUCCUGAAGAAGCCAAACUCUUGUUAGAUAAAGGUGUAGUGCGAAUGAUUCAACAACCUAUGUUAAGAGAAACACCAACUGAGUCAUUGAAACAGAAGUUUGAAGAGUAUAGAAAUAAAUUAUUUAUAGAGCAGCAACAAUGUUUAGUCGAUCAACGAAGAACUCAAAUCAUUUCUGUAAUGGAUAAUAUUGUUGAAGGUAAAAGAAGAAAAAUAUUAGGUUUGCACAUUACAAAAAAGAAUUUGAAAAAGCCACUUGACAGUGAAACAAGAAAAUCAUUAGACAGUAUAGAAAUUGACAGAGAUGCAUUAUUGGAAGAAGAAUUAGCUAAGUUACCAAAGUUAGAAAAACAAGAUGCAUUAAUACAAACACCAACGGCUUAUCCAUGGCAUACUGAUGCAAUCAAAGUUGAAAAUUGGAAUUAUCCUUCUUCUGAGGAAGAAUCCUUUAGAUAUAGAGUAUUUAAGGAUUUUUGGGAUCAAGGUUACUUUGUAUCAACUGGACAAAAGUUUGGCUGUGAUUUUUUAGCAUAUCCGGGUGAUCCUAUAAUGUUUCAUUCUCAGCUAUUAAUUCAUUGUAAAAAUAGAAAUGAAGAAAUAUCUGUACCAGAGCUUGUAGCAUUCAGUCGCAUGGGCAGUCAUGUAAGAAAGAUUGUAGUUUUUGCUACUCUUUCUGAAGACGGUAAAAAUAUUGAUUACUUUUCAAGCAGAUGGGCAGAUUCGUCAAUGGGAGAUAUUUAGACCAAUUGUACAAAGACUAAACACAUUACAUUUAUUAAACUUAGAAAAUAUAUUAAAUUUUACAACAUUGCCAGAA